UUUAAGUGAAUUGACCAAAAGACUACGAAUACGUGAAGAUUGGGAGCGCUGUGUCUAAUACUGUAAUUAGGCAAUAAUUAGUUACCAACAACAGUUUAACAAAAUAUCGCCAAAGAAAAGACACAUUAUGGAUGUGGAAAACUCGUUUGAAUAUAUCUAAGGAUACAUUCAAUUAGGGAUCCCUCAGUGACAUAUUACAUUGUACAUGAUGCCAAGUUGGGUGUCCCACAGGGCUUCAUACUAGGUCCUUUUCUUUUCACCACUUUUAUUGCUUCUCUUCAAUAGCUUGGUAUCUCUCCUUAUACUGAUGCAUGGACCCUGAAGAUAUCAAAAUAGCGUCCUUGGCUGAGGUAAGAAGGACGAAAUACAUACAGGCCUCUGUUAGAGCGUUGCGUUGCCCAUUAUUUUUAUUUCGUCGGAUAGCAGUUAAGCCACUGACUUGCUUUGCAAAUUAAGUGCGAGUUGAAGGAAUUCAUGCCAAAUUGCAGCCACAUCCGGCUACAGCUGACGAGUAACAGACAAUCGACAUUUGGUAUUGUUGUGGUGACGCAGGCAACAAGAAUCAUUCAAUUGUUUCGAAAAUUCACUCCUAAGCAUCAAAUUGUGAAACGCAAUGCUGGUUGCAAAAUAAACUUGUUGACUUGGCUCGAACCGGUAUGAGUGCUUUCGCCGAGAGUCUCUGCAUCUUCAGUUCGUAAUCCGUUGAUCCUUGACUGAGUGAAGGAACCACUGAAAAGAUGCAAAAUUAGGUUGCUGAAAGGACAAAGACCCGCGAUUCUAGUAAUGCAUUUAUUCAAAUCUUCUCUUGGGUUGUUGAGAGUAAUAUAGCCUGGAAAAGAAUGAAAUUCUGCUCACUGGCUUUUGAGUUGACGACACUGAACCCUCCAUUCGGAGGUAAUGGAGAUAAAAGUAUUGUCGAGGUUUCCUCUAUGCAUGAUUAAGAGGUUGUCCUCCAAAAUGAUAGAAAGUGUGAUGAGCAUGCCCGGAUGAAAGUUGGCAAGGCUGUUCAAACCUGUGGUUGAAUAUAUCGCACGUUUAAGUUCAGAUAUAGUAUCACGAUGUUAACUCUGCACAAGCCACAUUGUCAAUUUGCUUCGCCCAUUUGGGAAUACGUUAAGAUUUUUUGCAAAAGGUGGAGCAGGUCCAAACCACUGGGAACAUUGAGGGAAUGAAUUGCUCUUGCAUUGGGAGAGGCUUGAAAGGUUGGGACUGUACAGUUUUCAAAGGAGGUACGAAAGGUACUUGAUAGCGUACGUCUUCAAACGCAUUCAAGAGCAUUGUCCCAACCCUGGAUUUAGGAUCAGUUCUAAUGACCGUAGGGGCUUAACGUGCGUUUUGAGAGCACCUUCAAGCCCUCGUGAAUCCAGACUAGUUAGAAUAAUGAAGUCCAUCUCUCUCUUCUUUCUCAGGCUCCUUCAUUGUUUAAUUUGCUUCCGUUGGCGUUGAUGCGUCUGUAGGUUGGUGUUUAGACAAAUUCUGGCUCCGUGGGCCAAUGCCAUAGUUUAUUCAAAAGCAUUGAUAUACUCAUUGCAUUCAUUACUCUAUCACUUUUAGACAAACAGUCGAUGUGUUCGCACCAUUCAUUCUGUCCACACACGUUUAAAACAUAUUAUAGAAAAAUCAAAUUAAUUAAUCGGCAAUUAUCCCCUUGUCUCCAUAUGUCUGCCAAUGAACUGGAACGUACAUCAAGUGGUUGGAUUAUCCUUAUCCCCAAACCAGCCACUAUCCUCUGUCCUGUCUGAUCGAGCUCGAGUCAUGGACACAUGGGAUUUGCGCUUGUUCCAUUUAAGUAACUUGGUUGGACUCACUCCUUUUGAAGUAGACCGUGAUCGCUCCUACUUACGAAAAGUGAGAUGGAAGUCGCGACAAGCCAUCUAUUUCCUUAUCGUCGCCACCUGGUGUCAAGUAUUCUUGUUAUUUUAUUCAGGUUCCUUAAUUCUGCUCAUAACGAGAAAAGGCGUGGCGUUUUCUUUGCGUGCUUCACCUUGGAUCGGGGCAACAGGUAUUGCUUGUUCCAUUCAAUGGGUCUUCAUUCUUCGACAUGAGAAGAUUGUGACUUAUUUGAAUGCUACUUUCGCGCUUUUAGGACGACAGAGUCUGGCCAACACGAAGUGGAAAAAGGAUAAGAGGCGAUAUUUUAUUGGCGCAUUUCUGGCCUUUGGGUUGAUUCCUUUCGUGUUGGUAAGUUGUCACAUUUGCCUCUUUACUGGAGAGAUUUAUAUUCACAGCCAUCUAGAGUUUUACUAUCCGGAAUAUAAUCAGACUUGGAGAGGGAUAUCAAACGUAAUUCAUUGCUAUUCGGCCUUGGUUUGCGUCAUGGGGGCCUUCUUUUGCGAUAUCCUACUUAUUUUCCUGUCAAUUGGAUACUUCAGGCACUUUGAAGAAAUCAAUAAAAUUUUGAUUUCGUUGGGUGUCCCUGAAGAGAAGGUACUUCAGAAGCGGAAUGGAAUUUCGCUCACAAUUUCGGACGAAAUCGAUCCAAUGACGAGAAGAACAACCCUGGCAAUGCCAUUGAACAUAAUUUCUUGUCAUCGCCUACAAAAUCUCCUCCGAAAACAUUUGGAGUUGCAACAAAGUCUUGACGGCUUCAACAAUACCUUUGAUGACAUUCUCUUGGCAUUCCCGGUUCAAAUCUUUGUCAUGGUGGUGGCUCUUUUCUUCAGCAUCAUCCGGGAUGAAAUAACCAAUUUAUUGGAAUUGCUUGCAUUGCUCAACAUUGGAACUCAGUUUCUAUUUCGAUCGUUCAUUGGAUUGUACAACUUUGGGAAAGUCCAAGACGUGGGAGUAGAGGCCAAAUACAUCUUGCUUCGGGACCUCCGCAUCCAAUAUCAGCAACAUUUUUUGAGACCAGAUGCAGCCUUCGAGGUCGAGGCCUUUUGUGGUGUAGCGGAUGAAGUGGCCGUCAAAGCCGGAUCCUAUGUGUCGUUCUCCAAAAGAUUUCUGAUCUCCUAUUACGGCGUUUUGGUCUCUUAUAUGGCAAUCGUGGUCCAAUCAUUUUAA